AUGCGUCGGACGGGAAGGGCGUCGUGGGCGUGCACCUGGGUCCGAGGCACGGGCGUGGGCGCGGGCGAGGGCGGGGAACCAGUGCGGCGGGAGGCAUUUUGCGAGCGAGCGGUGCCCAGGUGUGCGGGCGGGCCUGCUUGCGUGUCUGCUUGCUGGCGGGCGGGCUCGCACCUGGCGCAGGCAAAUGGCCCAAGAAGUGACCCAGGAACCAAGCAGGGCUUGGGCCGAGCCUCUCGCGCCCUGCCUCUCGCGCCCUGCCUCUCGCGCCCUGCCUCUCGCGCCCUGCCCCUCGCGCCCUGCCUCUCGCGCCCUGCCCCUCGCCCCUGCCCCUCGCGCCCUGCCCCUCGCGCCCUGCCCCUCGCCCCCUGCCCCUCGCGCCCUGCCCCCGCGCCCUGCCCCUCGCGCCCUGCCCCUCGCGCCCUGCCCCUCGCGCCCUGCCCCUCGCGCCCUGCCCCUCGCGCCCUGCCCCUCGCGCCCUGCCCCUCGCGCCCUGCCCCUCGCGCCCCUUUGCGCCCGCCCCGCGCCCUGCCCCUCGCGCCCCUUUGCCCCUGGGCCCGCCCUGCCCACCCCCCGCGCCCUGCCCCCGCGCCCUGCCCUCGCGCCCUGCCCCUCGCGCCCUGCCCCUCGCGCCCUGCCCCUCGCGCCCUGCCCCUCGCGCCCUGCCCCUCGCGCCCUGCCCCUCGCGCCCUGCCCCUCGCGCCCUGCCCCUCGCGCCCUGCCCCUCGCGCCCUGCCCCUCGCGCCCUCCCCUCGCGCCCUGCCCUCGCGCCCUGCCCCUCGCGCCCUGCCCCUCGCCCCCUCCCCGCGCCCUGGCCCCUCGCGCCCUGCCCACGCGCCCUGCCCCUCGCGCCCUGCCCCUCGCGCCCUGCCCUCGCGCCCUGCCUCUCGCACCCUGCCCUUUCCUAUGUGGGAGGGGCGGCGUGACGUCACUGCCCUUCAUGGGUCACCUGCGAGGAAGGCUUCGGGCGUCGCUGCUCUCCCGGUCAAUUGGUCGACGCUGGUCUUGCUCUUCGGGUGA